AGGCCCCGUAACUGCACUUUUCGUCGCCACCAACCAGCAGAGGGCACCUGCGGCACAGAGUAGCACCGGCGAUGCAGUUUCUGCCUGACCGGUGCAAUUGGGCAAUAAUGCAAGGAUAGGCUGCUGCAUGCAGGUUGUCACUCGCCGUAUCGAAGACUGCCCCGCACCAGGCUUUGAGGAAGGCAUACACGGCCGAUCUUGUUAAGUCUCCCAUCCGCACUUCCAAUUCUCUCGAACGAGGAUAGAUGCUAGCGGGACAAUCACAGAGAUGGGAUCUUCGCCUCCAUUUCCGAAGGAACAGCAAUUGUGCACCUACUUCGAUCGCGAGAUCGAUGCUGGAGCCAGUGCAGGUGCCGAAGAUGAGAAACAGCAAGUCGACAACCUGCCCGGCUGGCCUUGCGUCUCGCUAAGCGACCGUGCCUCUGUGGAAGAAUUGCUCUACAGAGAACUCUACGCCUCCGACCUGGAAACGGUUGCGCCGCGCCUCUGGAUCAUGUCGACACAGUCCAGCGCAAACGUCGAACCGCUCCAUCAACAAAGAAUAAAAGGACGAGAGAUACUAAUCACGGAGAGCCCUCGUCUGCACCUAGUAUGGAUCCACAAUCGGAUAUUCGUCAAGCCGAUUCCCAAGUACCUGCUGUCGCACCGUUUUUGGGAGCAAUUUCUACUGUGCAAGCCGGCUGCACGCGGUUCACGGCACGACCUUGUCCAAAGAGCCGCAACCGGAUAUCUCCGCUCUUACCGUUAUUUGAUCCAGCAUGAAUCCGACUUCGAUAUUGGGAAGCAGGUGCGACUCAUUCCUCAGAAUUUCGAGUGGCCGGAGUUUUGCCGUUUCAUCAUGAAUUUCAGUCGAGUCGGAGAUAUGGACGUGUCGUCUCGGUAUCAUUACGGCGAGCUCAGGCUGUCGCGGCUUAAUCUCUAUGCGCCUUUCCUUUUCGGCAAGUUCAAUUUUCAGAAGCCGCAUUGGCAGUACAGCGACUAUUUCGCCAGGUUCUACGGUCCUAUGCUGUUUAUCUUUGCCGUGGCGUCGACGGUCCUCAGUUCGAUGCAGCUUGAGAUGGCGGUUGAGCAGGUGUCCGUGACGCAGGGAGUAGUCCUUUGGUCCAUUUGCCGGUGGACAAGCACGGUCAUUCUGGUGGGCACUACUCUGAUAGCUCUUGGGUUUUGGUUGCUCUGGGUCUGGCUGCUUUGUGAUGAGUGGGUGUAUGCACUUAGGUGCCGGGCAAAGAAAAGGCGGGAGAUGUUGGAUCACUCGAGCCGCCCAAGAGAUGUUCCGGCGGUCUAAGGAAUACUGACAGAACCAAGGAUCGAAUGGGAAGUUACUAGAUCUACGCAACCCUCAAUCAUCACCCAGGUCGUUCUUCCCAGUGACCGGCUGUGCUCAUCGUGAAGCAACGCUGGGUCUCGGUAGUGUCAAACACCCGCUGUAUGUAUCCUUCAGAGAGCGCCCUUUGCUUGAUACGCGCUUUAUCUUGUGGGGGUAGGUGGAGCGGAGGUCGGCGGGGCAGCUAUCUUCGGGGCCAGAUUCGCUCAAAAAUGCCGUUUCUGCU